CAGCAUCUCUCUCCCACUGCAGCAGUGGUACAGGCUCAGUGCCUCUGCCCUGCCUCUUCACCUCGCUCCGCUGACUCUUCCUGCUCUUCCUCCCCAUUCUACUUAUUUCCCGUUUCACCGUUCUCAUCGUCUGCUUGAAUUUUUUUAUUUAUUUAUAUUUUUAAGCUUUUGUUUUACGUAUGUAUGUAUGUAUGUACAUAUAGAGAGAGAGAUAAACGCCUACACUUUUACGGUUGCUUUGUGUCACGCGUUCUCCGGGAGACCGGUGUCAGGCUGGCGGAAGUUGCAGGUCGCUGGGACGGCUGACUGAGGACGACGGCAGCAGUGAAGCGCCGGUUCCUCCCCCUUAUUCCUCUCUGUCAGAUCGCCUGCCUGUGUCGCCGGGAGUCGCAUGGCGGAGGAGACCUGACGGAACAAAAGGAGGGUGAUUCGAGGCGAGACUGUCGCAUGGGCUCUGGAGAGGCUGACACCUGAUCGGAAGUCGGGAAGGCACGUCUGCGUGUUGGUAGCAGCGUUACGUCGAGGGGCCAAGUGGAUAUGCAGAGUUUUGACUCGAGGCUGUUUGAGGAACAAACACCUGGGAGAGAGCCUGCAAGCAAGUUUGUUUAGAGAGAGGGAAGGAAGCCUGCACAUGCCACGCUGAGGCAUCACAACUCGCCUCCUGUUCAGGAUACCUGAGGGGACAGGCUUGCUUCAGAAGUGCAGGGUCUCCUCCACCACGAGCUGAGUUAGGGGGCACAUUUCUGCUUCCUCUCUUAUUUCUGCCGCACAAAAGCCGAGCUAAUGAGGAGUAAAAGGACGGACACCAAGACAAUCACCGUGGCCGUGCACCCAGUCUGAACAUUUUGAUCAUUUCCUCUUUGCCCUACACAGCCAGCUGUGGCUACAAACGCAACGGUCCCAAAGCAGUCUGAGUGAACGGUUCUGAUACACUCUCCCACAGAAUACUUUGUGUUUAUCUUCCGCUUGGCUGUGUUUGGAUUUUGAACAAUAGGAAGCCCCCAUGGGGGCCCAGACAGUGACCGUGAGGUGCUCUCUCCAAGACCCACAUUUAGAAACAGUGUGUAUGUUUGCAUCCAAACCAGGAAUGCGGUGAAACCAGUGAAACUUCUACAGGCGCCUUGGAUUGCUUGGAUUUUACAGUAAACAACAGAAAGAAUAAAUGUGGAAUCAAAUAAUUCAGAUAUAGUGCCCUUAUAUCAGUGUUAUAGUGACCUCACGGGGGCAAGUGCAUAAUCGUCUCGUCUGAUACCUGCCUCCUCUCGCCAUGACCUGUCCUCAAGCCCCCUGCCCUUGUGAGGGUGAACUAGCGAGUCAGUAGACAUUGCUGCAGUGUGCUGCCUGAGGGAGCUCUGGGAUCUCCUGUGGACGGAGCCGGCCGGUCGCGCAGUAGCGCUGACACACCGCUCUUUCAUGAUGCUCACCGUUUUCCAUGCUGGUAGCCGCUGGUGUGUGAAGGAAACACCUCCGCCUGAUGAUUGCUGAGUCUUUCUUAGGCAUGACUAACAUCAGAAGAGAAGGGGACGUGGUUUUUUCUUUUUCUCGAUUGCCGAGAUGCAUUGAUUUUUAUCAGUCCUUGUUUCGUUGAGACCCAGGUAUGUGAGAAGCAGGGGUAAGAUGAAAACAGAGAGUAGAUAGAGUUGUGUUUGCAGGAGGAGAUUACCGACAAGGCGCAGACAGGGCUUCAGUUACAGGCACAUCUGCAUUGAGCCUAGGAACCCCGGAACCCUACCCGACUGGACGCGGCCCAGGACAAUGAACCAGUCAGGACUGGUCGAACCGGUCUCGACUGGAAACGGCAGCCUGAGCAGCACCUACGGUGUGUCCCUGAACCUCUCUUGUCCUCUGGGCUGGGCGCAGAACGAAGGCUCGGAGGCGUGCGUCCUGGAGACGGCCGUCAUCGUGCUGCUGACGGUUCUCAUCAUUGCCGGCAACCUGACGGUCAUCUUCGUGUUCCACUGCGCACCUCUGCUGCAUCAUUACACCACCAGCUAUUUCAUCCAGACUAUGGCGUAUGCUGACCUGCUGGUGGGCAUGAGCUGCCUGGUACCCACCCUCUCUCUGCUUCACUUCCCUGCCGGCGUCCAGGAGCCUCUCACCUGCCAAGUGUUUAGCUACGUCAUCUCCGUGCUCAAGAGCGUCUCCAUGGCCUGCCUGGCCUGCAUCAGCGUGGACCGCUACCUGGCCAUAACCAAGCCGCUCUCCUACAACCAGCUGGUGACGCCUUGCCGUCUGCGGUGCUGCAUUGUGGUCAUCUGGGUGUACUCCUGCGCCGUGUUCCUCCCAUCCUUCUUUGGCUGGGGCAAGCCAGGCUACCACGGGGACAUCUUCGUGUGGUGUGCCCGCUCCUGGCCCACCUCAGCCCUCUUCACCGGCUUCGUGGUGUGCCUGUUGUACGCGCCGGCGGCUCUCGUCGUCUGCUUCACCUACUUCCACAUCUUCCGCAUCUGCCAGCAGCACAACCGGGAGAUCAGCGAGCGCCGGGCACGCUUCCCCAGCCAGGAGAUGGAGGCCGGGGAGGGGGCCCAGAACACGGGUCACGGGCCCGACCGGCGCUACGCCAUGGUGUUGUUCCGCAUCACCAGUGUCUUCUACAUGCUCUGGCUGCCCUACAUCAUCUACUUCCUGCUGGAGAGCUCCCACGUUCUGGACAGCCCGGCCCUGUCUUUCAUCACCACCUGGUUAGCCAUCAGCAAUAGCUUCUGUAAUUGCGUCAUCUACAGCCUGUCCAACAGCGUGUUCCAGCUGGGCAUGCGGAGGCUCUCGCAGACACUUUGCUCCUUCAGCCCUUGCGCCCAUGACGACAAGGACUUCGGAGAACCAAAGCCAAGGAAGAGAGCCAAUUCAUGCUCAAUCUGAAGACUUAAGAUGCUAAAUAUUGGAGCAAGGGAUCUAUUCCAGGCAGAGAGAGGGAAUGAAUGAAAAACUCUUUGGUGUCUUAGUUUUGAAGUUACUGCAACAGUGGAAUUGAAAUUGAUUGAAGGUUGCAUUCUUUAUGACCGUUGAAAGGUUCACGUUGCUAUGAUGCACCAGAUUUUAUUGAACAUGCGUGCUCCUGUUGUGUGCAAGCUGGUGCAUCUGAAUGUCUGACAUUAGUUGACUACAUUCCCUGUAAAUAUCAAAGUGGCACCUGCCUCGCUUGUGUAAAUAUCACCAAAUGGCUGGUGGUCACGACCUGUUUAACACAUGAAGUUUCUAGAAUGUUUGUAAGAAAAACAUGGAAAUGUCAAAGCUGAAGUCAACCCAAUGAGACAGGGGCUAGGUUCAAGCUCGCAUCAUUGGUGGGUUUCUUUGGAUACAGAUUGCACUGUCUGAGCUAAAUUGCAGGUUUGAGGUUUUUAGAUUUUAAUGAAUAUAUUUUUUAUAUUCAGUUACUAUAUCUACCAAAACAGCUGCUCCUCGAGGAGAAAACACUACAACACUGAGCCCUUGGUUUUUUGUCCCUCCUGUAAAGGUUUUCCCUCAGAUUGGGUCCAUGCGGCACACUUGUGAGCUUUCCCGAAGACCCUUGCCAGUGUUCUUAUUAUAGCCCAGCGUCACGACUUUAGAUGGGCUCAAACAAUCACCGCAAAGACUGUUACGAUGUGCGUGGUGGGGUGUUCAGAUGGAAUCAGGUGUAGCAAAGUGCAAAAACGGUCAAACCAAGAAAUUUACUGAUAUGCAUUCCAAACUGGAUCUUUUUAAUAAAUGUGCUGAGAUAUCACACGCGCACAAUAUUAACUAAGCCUGUAGUAGUCGUGAAUUGUACCUUAGUUCCCAGUGAUGUAUACCUUGGCUGUGUGUAAUUAGACCUGUUUGCCUGCAGUGAUUCUGUAACCCUCUGAAAAACACACAGACAGCAGACUUUUUUAAAUCAUCAAUCUGAAGUUCACAUGAAGUUCACAUUUAUUAGUAUACAAACAGGGGCAUUUUUGGAUACACAUGUGAAUUCCAGUACAGAAUUUUAUCUGUGCCUAAGAUGUAUGAAAAUGAACAAAGUUCUUACUUUAUGUGGUAAGAUAUUUGUUCAUAUUAGAUUGUUUCAUAUAAACAUUAAUCUCACUUGUCCCUUGACUCAUAUCUCCAUAAAUGCUGGGUUUUUUUCUUCCAGUUUUACUGAGAAGGUAUAUGAUAUAUGCCAUCACAUAUUUAAUUACGUAUUAUUAAAAUGUAUUUCUUAUAUACAUGCUCCUUUUUUAGCUGUUUGAAGUAUAAUCUCCAAGCUGGUUUGUUACUCUGCAAAAUAGGUUUGUAAUUUUCGAGUACUUUUUUUUUUUUCUUUCUCUCUUCAAAUAACUUUUUAAAAUCGGUUUACACGUUUUACCUGCGUCUUAAUUCACAUCUUUCCCAAACAAGAUACAACAUUAAAUUAGUGUAAAUGUUGCAGUGGACAGGUUGCAUAUACACAUAUAUGUUAUUUUGAAUGAAAAUGCUGUUUUAUUUAAAGGGAAAGCCUUCAGUACGUUUCAGUCCUGAGGCUGGAAUGAUUGAGGCAACUAUACAUGUUAAUUUCAUGAAAGUGUUUUUUCCAGCCAUCCCAGAGAAUUUAACAGUAGCUGACUGCUUCUUUGUGAAAUGUGGUCUUAGGGGAAAAACAUUUAUAUUUAUUGAAGUGACGUAUAGACCGUUACAAGAGAAACAGUUGCUGGUUUCUUGUCACUUUGGUCUUAAGUGUAGUCUUAAGUGUGAUGCUCUUUGCAUCACACAAAAGAGCUAGUAGAUGUGCAUUAGAUCAUGUCUGCAGAAAUCCAGACAAAAAGAGAAACAGCAUCCUCUAUCAUUUGCCUUGAAGUACGCUGGUGAGGGUACCACUUGCUUCUGAAACUAGAGUACAAUUAUAAAAGAGUUAUUUAUUUAUUUAUUUGUUUGUUUCAUUUGCAAUAUCCAAGUGGAUUUGAUAGCUGAUAAGUGGGAGUGUUUGUGUAGCUGUAUGUGCAUUUCUGUACAGCUGGUGGACAGUCUCUGCUCACAACUGUAUGUCCAGUAAUUGCACAUGUCGUGGUGUAAGUGGAACUAGACUCCUGAUGUUCAUUUAACUUGUUUUUUUUUCCUCUUCUCUUUAUUACUUUUUUCCAAUUACAAAACAAGAAAUUACACAGUAUAUAUUUUUUUAUUUUGAAGACUUUGUGAGACUAUGGUUUUGCUGUUGCUGCCAGUAUAAUAAAAGUGGACAGAGAAUACGUGUC